GGAGCAGGCCGGUGCUGCUGGCUGCCGGCUCUGCCCCCGGUGGGAGGUCCUGGGUGUCGGGUGUCGGAGGCCCCCGGCCGCCCCGCAUGCUGCAGCCUCUCUCGGGGGUCACCGAGCCGAGGCGAUGGGAAGACCAUUAGCGACCCCGCUUGAGUGGCUCCGGGAACUACAAGCCCCAGCGAGCCAAGAAACAAGAGGGUUUAUUAUCCCUGCAAACCCACAAAGCUUUCUUUUCAAUGUAUGGAGAAACGCCUCAUUUACUGCAUCUGGUGGACUUUUUUGUUCGCUGUAAAAAAAAAAAAACAUUACAUCCACAUACUUGUUGCCAAACUCCAGAGGAAAGGCUGUAAUAUCUCCCUGUAGGGACUUAGUGAUAUUUAAUUAUGGUUUUGCAAAGCAUAAAUGUAAUAUUCCCGCAUAAACGAGUUGGAAACGGAUACUUAAAGUGACUUAGAGCGACCCGGACAUAUUUUCCAGUGGCAUUUAACUGUUUUUAUUUUUUACACACGAAGCUCCGUAUUUAGAUGUAAUGUGGUUUACCGCUGUUUUAACAUUAUUUAAAGUAUUUAUAGUUUUAUCCAACUUUAUUUUUAGCCUUUAUGCAGCUUACACAUUUGAACUACUUUACGUUUGAGCCUGGAAGUUUCUGGAAAAGCUGAAAUCUGUCCGACGGUAAACUUCCUCCGGUGUGCUGCCACGUCUGAGCCCCGGAACAGAAGCCCUUCCUUCGGUAGCUCAGCUGGAAGGACGCCGGCGGAGGAGAGGAGCACACUCGUGAAUAAAUUAACGAUCUGCCAUGCUGCCCAGACUCCCUUUCUGUCUCCUAAUUUCUUUGCCAGUUCUCCUGGUGCAAGGCAGCGCCACUAAUUCAUCCAAGAUGAGCCCCGCUGCCCCGACCAGCGCCCCACCUCGCCCUCCUCCUCCUUUGGGUGACCCGAGCUGGGCUCUGGGUCUGCGCCUCUACCAGGCCCUCCGCUCUGACUCUGGCUCGGUGAACACCCUCUUCUCCCCUCUGCUCGUGGCCGCCUCGCUUGGAGCGCUGGGUGAAGGUUCAGCUGGUAACACUGCCAGCCAGGUGCAAGACCUCCUCAAGCCAGCAGCCCCCUCUAAGGCAGGAGCCCAGGCUGGGGAGCUUCUGUCUGAGGCGUUAAAGAGCUUCACUGACACUAAUGGAACCAGCUUUCACUUGCAUGUGUCCUCAGCUGUGUUUUUGAAGCAGGCUCCUGCAUUCAGCAAGGAGUUUGUGAAGAAGAGCCAGAGCAGGUUCAGGCUGCAGCACCAGACGCUGGGAAAAGGUGACUCCAAGGCUGACCUGAAGCAGCUCCAUGACUGGGCUAAGGCUGGCCUCAGUGGGCUUGAAGGAGCUCCAUUGGAGGCAGAGAUCAAGGCCAAGGCUGGAGCCCUGAUCCUGGCCAACGCCCUCCGCUUUAAAGGCCUGUGGGAGAGAGAGUUCAGCGAGGGGAGCGCAGAUCUCCGUACCUUCUUGGGAAAGAAAUACACCAAAGUGGUGAUGAUGCACAGAGCAGGUUUGUACCGUCACCACGAAGACGUUGGCAACAUGGUGCAGCUUGUGGAAGCACCUCUGUGGGGAGGCAAGGCCAGCCUCGUGCUCCUGAUGCCCUUCCAUGUCGAAAAUCUGGCUCGGUUGGACAAGCUGCUGACCCUGGAGCUGCUGUCCAAGUGGCUGGAGAAGGCCAGUGUUACUAGCGUGGCUAUCUCGCUGCCCAAAGCUAACAUCACCAGCACACUCAGUCUGCAGAAACAGCUGUCCGCUCUGGGCUUGACCGAUGCCUGGGACCAGAAGGUGGCAGAUUUCUCCGGGGUGUCAGACAAAAGCAAGGGGAAGCUUCAUCUCGGCGGCGUCGUCCACUGGGCUUCCCUGGAGCUGGCGGCUCAGGCUGGGAAAGGAGAUCUAGAGGAUGAAAACGUAGAAAAGCCCAAGCUGUUCUACGGUGACCACCCCUUCAUCGUCUUUGUUCGAGACAACACGACCGGAGCGCUGCUGCUGAUGGGAGCUCUGGACCACGCAGAGGGAGAGGCUUUACACGACGAACUGUAGCACCCACUAGUAUCUGUCUUUCUCUGUCUCUUUCCCCUUCACAUUCCCUCUCAAGCGCUGCACGCUGGUUUCCAAGUCGAGACAUUGUCAUCCACUGUAGCACACUAUCACUUCACACUGCGUCUGGCUGUCACACGUUGACACCACAUAGUCUUACACUGACUGACACUGACACUGCCAUACCUGACACUUACAGUCGCACACACAUACCAACACCUACAUGACACCCGUAAAUGAAAAUACAGUACGAGACAUUACCAAGGUUGACGGAUACAGCAGGAACAUUAACUUUGAGAGGCUCCCCGUUCACAUUUACACUCGCAUGCACACAUUCAAUGGCUCAAUGAUCAAGUCAACACAAAAAAAAAAUGACAAAUGAGAGUACACUGACAAACCCUAACAUGCUGACAAAGCAGAAGUGGUUACACUGACACAACACACAGCUGCAUCAACAGAGAACUUUAACAAACAGAAGCUCGUAGUGAUGCCUGAAACCUCCCUGUCAGGCAAACACCAGGGCAGGUGUGUGUGUUUGUGUGUGUUUGUGUGGUGACCGACAGAUCAAGGGUGCCUGUGGGGCUGCUCUCUGAGCUGGCAGGGACCUAUGCUGGGGUCCCCUGGGCUACAUCUGAGGAAGACUGAUGGAUCAGCCAAGUGCUUAUUGAUGAGGCAGCUUAAUGCUAAUGACUGUAAUGCGUUACAGCGCUUGUCAACAACACGGAGAGGACGGGGAACCUUUUAAUCUCUUAAUGCCAUCUGGGAUCAAUGACACCAUUAUGCUGUUGGAAACAAACAUGACUGACAUCCCUUGACUUCAAUGUAACAGCUUAAUAUUUAGAAUAAUUACUGCAAUUCAGACUUAUUGAUUUUCAUUUGUGUAUUUAUUUUUCUUAUUUAGCACCUUUGGGAGUAGAUGGGGAUUUUUAAAACUCUUUUUUACUUAAGCUUCAGUGUGUAUAUCUGCGUCUUCACCUUAUCUUUGAUACGCAAUCAAUCAAACAUGUACUAUUAAUAUAUAAUACGCGUGGAUUGCUGCAACUCAAUCUUUCUUGGCAGCACUGAUACAAGCUGAGACAGAAGGCCAUAUUUUAUUUUUUUUACUUCUACCCUCAACACAGUCAUCUGACACCGAGCCUUGCGGGUUUAUGGAGGUAGAUUUAAAGCCCCGAACUAGCAUCAGUUUAUUGAAUUUUAGUGGCAACGCAUAAUAGACUCACAGUGCAAAAGAAAGUGUAGCCGCAACUUUGUCAAAUAAGUUGCCGAAUGCUUCCCAGCAACUUCAGGUAAAAUGCGUUUCUUCCAUUCCCAACAAUGAAUAAUUGAGAAAUAAAAUGUAUGCGUGUAUCAAAGAAAAUAGCCCCUUCUGGCUGUUUUUCUGAAAACAGUGUUAGUGUUUUGGCGUCUGGGUGGUUUGGAUGUUUUAUUUAAAGUUCUAGAGCAUUUCAGUCUUACCACAAAAGAUACCUUUGUGUUGUGCUGCUCGUCCACCUGGAUACACGCCCAAAAUACUUUGGGUACACAGCGUCUUGUUGUAGAUGUGUAGUGACAAACCUAGAAAAAGGAGCGGUGAAUUUUCUUGUAGGUAGAAAUGUUGAUGUGUGCUACAUCUGUCCUGUUACAGUGCGUCUAGACACACAGCUGGUCUGUCUGAUUCACAGCGUUAGAAAAAAAAAUCUGCUCCAGUAACACUCUAUUCCAGCUUUGUUCCCAAAUUAGCCCCCUUUACAAGUCUGCUCAGCAACAGCGUGUGACGUGCAUGUGUGUUUGUGUGUCCAUGUGCUGUUUGAGUGUGAAUUCAUGUGUGAAUAAAGCCUCCACAAUAACCUCUCUGCAGCACAAACCAGCAAAGGGCACUAUACUGCAGGUAUAGUCCUCGGUGGAUAAACCUGAGCUCUCAAUUUAGACAAGCUGAUGAUGGAUCUGAGGUUGUGUGCUGUGAGCGCAUCAAUGCUGUUUAUUCUAAUACCAGGUCCCUGCUGGCUCAAGUUCACAUUUUAUUGAGAACACUGACAAACAUGCAUGUUCACAUCUGCUCACAGGUAGCUGGACAUAAUAUGACUUACAAGGAUUUAGUAAGAAAAGAGCUUCUCGGUGGUGUGGAGCUGCUAUUUGUACCGUAUAUCCAACUUGUAGAUAACAUGAAUUUUUAUUUAACCACAAUUUUCCUCUAACAAAAGAUAUCAUUAGUGAUGCAUUUGAAAUAUUUCAUUUUUUUCUAAAUUUCUACUAAAAAUACCAUGUCCAAGAUUAUUUAUGUGCUUUAAACUGUUAAAAAUUUAAAUAAAAUACAGCUUCUGUAGCUUUCUAAUUGUACUAAUCCAAUUGAAGUAAUUUAGCCAUCUUCUAUUGAGAGCAUUCCACUAGACUAUAGAGGUAGAACAGCUGGUGUAGUUUCCAAUUCCAGGUCAUGACUGAAACAAAAGAGCUGUAUGAGCUCCUGCUUAGAGUCCAUCAUUGAGGGAAAGUUGCUGCACACCAGAAAGUGAAGCUCUACAGAGUCAUAUCCAAGUAUUGGAAGUGCCAGUGGCUGCAAUGCUAAACAAAAUGAAAAAAUACAAGGAACUGUGAAAAAUCUCAAAGGACGCUGGAAGCCAGAAACACCCUCUGCUGGCGAGAAUGUCAGAAACCUCGAAGAAUCCAAGCAUCGCCACCAAGGCCACCCUGAUGAGUCUGGUACCAACAUCUGAAGACAAGACAUUGAACAAGGCUGGUCUCUAUGGACACAGACCAAGAACUCCAUUUCUCCAAUAUGGCCACAAAAAAAGCCCACCUGGACAAAGAAAAAGCCUUUUGAUCAUCAGUUUUGUUGGUGGAUUAAAUGGAAAAUGGAGUUAUUUUGAUGCAGGGACAUGACUGUAGUUUGACAAAAGACAUUUGAAUUCACGGUCAAACAUGACGGUGGGAAUGUGAUGCUUUACGGUGUUUUUUUAGCCGAUGGAUCAAGACAACCUUGUUGAAGUAAACGGCAAUGUGAGAAAAAAGAAAAACUACAUCAGGAUUCUGGAAGGACACUUGAGGCAGUACGCAGGAAAACUUGGCCUCCGGCAGCAUUGGACCUUCCAGCAACACAAUUAUUGGAAACAUACAGUCGAAGUGGUGAAGAAAUGGUUACCAGAAAGCAGUAUCCACAUUAUCCAGUCCAAACCUAAAUUCCAUUGACAAUUCAUAGAGAGAACUGACGACCAGAGUGAUAGCGAGGAAGCGUUACAACCUCAGAAACCUGGAUAUUCCUGAGAAAGAGUUUAAAUAAUUUUGGACAUGGCAUCUUUAGUAGAAAAUACAGAAAACAUUGGCUGGCUAUCUUUUGUCACGUGUUUAUAUCGUUUCCAGCCAAAAAAAACUUACUGGUUAAAAACAAAUCUAUAUAGGGUUGAUAUUGUAUGUCACUUUAAUAAUUUGACAUGUUUUAAAAGGAGAUUGCACCAAAAAAUACUAAGAAAUGAAUGAAGCACCUGCAAUAAUUCGACACGGCAGCUGAUGUCAGUACGGUAUAUAGAGAAUGACCCAAACCUGGUAUUGAAUUCCCUUCAGUGGAGCAGCAAUAAAUCAGCUGUACUGUGUGAAGGGAACUCAGUGCUUUUCUUUGUUUUCAUCCUGAGUGCCAGCAGCCACAACUAAAAUGCUUUAAAGCUAUGGCGUAACCCUUAAAAAUGCUUUCCCCCCCAUUUAAACCGUGUUUUCUCAGGAUUACAGCAUUUAAAAGAAUGUUUCCUUCUGAUUAACUAAAUAAUUCCCAAACCAAAGGGAUUUGUUUAAAGGUUUUAGAGUGUAAUAAUCCAGAUAAUAGUAAUUUAAAUUUGUUUUCACACUAGGCCUAAUUUACUUAGUCUAAUAUAUUCCAAAAGGAAAUGCAGUUGUACUCAUAGCGCAUUUAAAGAGAGAGCUUUAUUUGUGUUUGUUGACAAUUUGUGUGUCUCUUUCCAGAAUACUCUUCGGCAACAGAAAGCAGCAGUGUUUUGGACAGGCAGUGAAGGGUGAACUCCAUCAGGGACGCUUUGUGAUGACUUGACAACAAUGGUAGAGUUUCUCCUCAGCUUCAUACAUGAAAAAAAGAAGGUUUUAAGGGAAUUUAAUGUUUAAUCGCUGAUUUUAAAUAAAAUAUGAUGCAAAAAUGGGACCGUGAACUUCCCGUCUACUCUUCUGCCUCGUGCGGCGGGUUCAACUCAUGGAUGAUCCAAGUGGUGGAGAAGAGAGGGAGGCAGAGAAAGAGCACUCAGAGCACAGUCAUGCCAGUUACAGUACAGUACUUACCCUUUAGAGCAAAUCAUCGAGGUGACUCUGCUUAACAGGGGGUCACCUUGCUGAUAGGGAUACUACAGGGGCCGCUCCAUUUUCGCCUCGCUGUUGUUAAAAGCUUGAGAUGGGUCAUGAGUAAGAGGCAGGCAUGUGAUCCAUGGAAACAGAGAUAUUUCAUGUGUUUGACUGCAGGGACGACUUACUGACAUUCUGAAAAGUCACGCAGAUAGCCGACGGCCUCAGACCAUUUAUAUUCACAGCAGGAUUUAAACCGACAAGGAGAAUGAGAGAAAAAAAAGCUAUUUUAAAUAACAAAAUCAGACCUAAGUUAACCUAACAAGUGUAUGAAUUGGAAUAGUUUUGCAAAUACAGAUGGUGACAAAUUAAAUGAAGAUCAACCUACAAUAUUUUAGUGGGGCAACUAUGAGGCACCAGGCAGCUUCAGUGCUCCCCGGCAUUGAUUCUCUGUCCACCUUUAGUUUUUGAUGACAACUCUCUCCACAUUUCUGGAGAGAUGUGCCAUUUUUUUUUCACCUGCUCUGCUGGAGGGGUUUUGUUGUUCCACUGUUGUCUUUAAAACACCCCAGAGGUGUUCUAUUGGAUUGAAGUCGGAUGUCAUACUUGCCCAGGUUAUGAAUUUUACUUUUUUUCUUCUUUAGAAACUCCUGUGUGAUUUUGGCAGUGUGCUCUGGAUCGUUAUCAUCCUGGAAUAUUCCUCCUUUGCCAAGCUUCUGCAGACUGGUAGUACCAGUAUUUUGGUAUAUCCACGGACAUUCAUGUUGCCAUCUAAAAAUGUCAUCUCCCCAACAUAGCUCGCACUCAUGUGGCCCCAUGUCAUCACAUGCCCACCUUUGUGCUUCACUGUCAGGACUAUGCAUUCACUGUGGCUGUCCAGACCAGAUUCAGGACAAAUAUUCUGGACCCCAUCAGAGCAGAACAACUUUACACUGACCUAGCUGUUAUUAAAAACCCUGUGGCAAGUCUGAUACAUUUGCCCUUCUGUUUUUCUCAGCUAAACUGAAAGUUCCCCACUGCCCAUGGCAUCAUUUUAGGCUUUCAGCCGUUGCAGCUCUGAUUAGUGGCACUAUGGUUCAUUCUAUACCUUCUGACUACUCCUGCAACUUUGUUUCGAUGGAUUUUUUUAGUUGGUCACUAAUCUUCCUGUAUCCUUUUCCAUCUUUGUGAAGUCUCAUGGUCCUUUGGCAAUUCUUGUGGAGCCACGAUGCAGACAUGCGAAUAUACACAGCCUUAAAAGUCCAAAACCGAGAUAGUUCUGGUGUUCACAGGUCAGGCUAAUUGGAACUCACUGUUGAACUUGCGUUUGUUUCAGUUUUCUAACUUCUGUUUCAGUAAUUACAAUUGUAAUUACUUCUGUUGCUUUCAGUUUCUACUUUUGGGGAUCUCUUUUCCUUAUAACCUUCCUGAAGAAUCAGUUUUUGUACUGUUCAAAAGAGGAACUAAUUGCCGAAUUCGAAGUAAGGCAAAUACUGAGGUGAUGCCACAGUGAAUUAUUUGACAUUGAAGUGAUGCUGUACAGAUGUGUACUUGCUGCUGUUGUAUAUUGUAGACUAUUCCCCAAGCAGAUGUUUUGAGUUGUCAUGAUGGACAACGCACAGGCGUAACUCAUAAUAUCACUUAUGUCUCUACUCUGUUCAUAUGUCCUUGUAAACCAUAAAAAAUGUCCAGCAUGCAGCAUUAUUUUUUAAUGUUUUCACAGUAGGCAUUUCAGCAUGUCACAGCAGGGAAAACACAUAUGUAAUUAAUAACAUGUCAUGAAUCAGUGCAUUCCUUUUACAUGAGCUUCUUCCAUGGCCUUGAUAUUUCACAUGCUGGUUCUCUGACAUCGCUCACUGGGGGAGUUAAUGGAACUGAUCCAUCCUUAACUGAAUUAGUUACACCUGUGCUUUCUCUGCUAUUACAAGUCAAAACGUCUACUGUGAGGAAGGUCUGUAUCCGACCUGAGUGGAAUACAGUAAUUAUUAACAUGUGUUAAUUUAGUUAUCGGUCAGAAAUCCAUCAAGACUGAUCCACCAGGUGAGCAUCAAACAACAAGCUUGAGUACUGUGCUCUUUAAGAUUGAAUGUUAUUUUAUAUGUAGAGUGACAAACUGUUUUUGUGUGUUUUUGUUAUUGCAGUGAGAAUCUACUUGAAGACCUUGCACCACAUUCAGUUUUUGCAUUACUCUCUGUAAUAGAAAAUACCUUUCACUCAAUGUCUGACUCAAUUAAUUUCAGAAGUGUGUCUAGAAAUAUGUCUAGUGUUACCAAACUGAUUGAAAAAUGUCUUCGGUCUAGAUUUAGUGAGCAGCUUUUUUUUCCCAAGUUGCCUUGUAAUUCAGAGGAAAACCGCAAUCCUCAUGCUGAUAUAAUGACAUGAAAUUGUGGCAGCAUUUGAGUUUCAAGUGUAUGUACAAUAUCAGUGACAUGCAAAGCCAGUAUAACUUUCUUAAAGCUUUCCAAGACGAAUUUGCACUUUUUAAAUCAAGAUUUUUCAUGUGCCGAACUAUCCAGCCCAUAACUUUUAUAUAGAUACAUCUAACUUUAAACCUGUAAUUGAUAAGUGGGAUCGCUCCUGCAAACCACAAGCUUUUGAAAUCCUUUGAAGGUAAAUAUUACACAAUAGUUUCAUUCUGUCACUGUGUCUAUUGUCUUUUUCAGCAGCAGAUAGUUAAUCUGCCUGAAGCAGCCUGUCUGUAGCAGCCCAUAUUAAUGUUAUUGAUCAUUGUCAACUUUUGUGUUUCUUCCAGCCUCAGAUCACACUGUAGUGGGUUGUUUCUUGGCUUUUACUUUCCAGUAAAGGUUUCUUUUUUCAUUAGUCCCUUUCUCUGUUCUUCUCCCCAAUAACCUGUCUCCUUUAUUGCACACAGUCCUUAGAAAGUGACAACUUGGGAAACUGAAUCAAAGUUUCAAUAAAGCCUGAAGUGCUGCAGGCUUUGACAAGUAAGGUGGCUGGAGUGAAGCAGUACAGAAAGAGACUGAAGGAGGACAUAUCGGUUCCAGAAAGAUAAAUAGUUCAUGAAGCUGUUGACUCCACCAUUUUAUUACUUUUGUCUAAGAAUUUUCCGCCUGCCUGCAGCUCUUUUCUGCCCACAAAUUAUUCAUCGUGCUCCCUACAGGCCUCAGCUGUCAAUCCCAGGAUUCAGAGUUGGGAGGAAAGAUUGGAGUUGUAAGUUUGUCAUGAGCUCAGGUGCAUGUAUACUUGGCAAGAUUUUUGAAAAAUAUAUAAAAGCUAUCAUUAUAGCAUAUAAUCACUUCAGCUUUACAGAGAAAAUACAAAGAUAGUGCAGUGCUGCUUCUUGCUUUUUUUUUUUUUUUUUUUUUUUUUUAAACCUUUCUUUUCCCCUUUUAGUUUCUUGACCUUUUGGCUUUCCUGUAUUUAAAGGCUGAAGUCCUACAACCUCUGUGAUGGCCUCAAGUCUCUGGUAUCGACUAUAGUGAGUUGAACAUGCAGGUAAACAAUACUGAUGGCUACACAUGGGGAUGUUCAUGCUGUAUGUGUGCCAACAUAACAUACAUCUUACAUAAAGACCUGAUUAUUUUCAUACCGACAGCAUACACUGAAAUAUUUUGAGUAUUGCUUUUUGAGCAAGCUAUAUAAAUGUUAUGCUUCAUUUUGUUUAAAUCCAUACCUUUUCUCUAA